CUCCAGCACAUCCAGCAUCCACAGCUAUUUUCCCUUUCCAACAUUUUGAGCUUCCUCCACUGAUUUGCCCACUUUCUGUCUGAUGAUUGUUUUCAAGUCAGAGAGAGCUAGUGAAAAGUCCGAAACUCUCACUGACAUCACAAUAGAACGGAAUGGACCAAGUGAUUCCGUUGCCAGAGGGGACAGUUCAGGACCUGUCCAAUGGGAGCAGGCUAUCCCCUCACUGAGCAUUAAAAAACCCCAACCUGUGUUGAUUUUCUGGCGCUUCUGUGCUGUUUGUCCAGUUGGAGGUGCGCGCAAUGUUUUUAGUUUGUGCUCGGAGUUGGAGAAUAUGGAAUUUCCUACCAUUUGCACGCUCCCCAACAACCCUCUUAUUGGCACUCAAUCUCCAGCAUCUUCCACUGCUCUCUCGGUCUGGUUCUGGGUGCUGCGUGCUCUGCUGUCUACACUUCUCCAAUUGCAUACUUUUUUUGUGCUUCUCCAACGAUACGCUCCCUACAGUGCUGCUUGUGUUUUUUUCAGCAGCAGACCCACAGCCUUGCUCUCUCUCUUCGUUUGCAUUGCUGCAAUUGCGCUCCAGUAUAUUUAUGGGGUUAGAAAUUGUCUGUGUCUGGACUUAGAGCUGUGCAAGCGCCGACUGGCCAAUCACAGCAUGGCGUUUUGGCUGUGCAAAACAUAGC